AUGCGCCUAUCACUCAUUCUAGGCGGGUUGCAACUCGCCAGCGCCGCUGCCCAUGGCAAGUGUAGACCCAAGGGUUCUACCGCUACAAACAGCACAAAACUCGCGGUAACCAUCUUGGCCGACACCAACCGUGAUGGCAAGGUCGACGUGACGGGCGACACCGAUAUUGCCGGCAAGGAGACGUGGACCAACGAGGUCGGCGCCCUCUUCCUCGCCAACAUUGUCGACACGGAUCGUCGAUGCUCCUCCAAGAUCACCGGUCGGUGUGCCAGCCAGCUCGGCGCCAUCUUCAACGAGACGGAGCCGCCCGAGGUGCCCGUCCUGGACACCAAGCUCGUCGACCCGCCCGCGGACCCCAAGGAGGCCGACAAGUGGCUCAAGAGCCUGGAAAAGGACAAGCAAGAUAUGGUGCGCAACUUUGGCGUCAGCGGGGGGGGCGAGUACAUGAAGAUCAACGAGGUGGACAGGAAGAUCUCGGCCUGCCACGACGCCUCGGACAACAUCCUGCGCAACGCAACCUACCUGGCGCCGCUCCGCACCCGUCCCAUCCCCGGGCUCAGCGACUCGGCCACGGGGACUGUCUCCGUCACCCGCAGCGUGGCCGCGUCCAAGGUCCGCCUAUUCCACAAGCCCUCCGCCGACGGCAAGUGGGAGUUCGUCGCCGCCAACCACACCUUCACGGCCGCGGAGCUCAAGGCCGGUCUCGAGCUCGGCAUUGACGGGCGCGACGUCCGCCGACCGGGUGGCUGGGACGGCAAGGCCACCGUCGAGUUCAAGGUCACGGACAAGGGCCAGGAGGUGCGGGACUCGGUCGCGCUCCGGGUGGCCCCGGUCCUGACGCAGCACCAUGGCCAGGCCGCCAAACAGCUGGUCACGGGCCAGUUGGACUCUGCGGGAUACAAGAGCGAGGACGGGAAGACCGAUAUCCCGCCGUCCCGGGACGCCGCCCAGAAGCAGUUCGUCGAGGACUUUGGCAAGGCGGGCGCAUCGGUCAGCCUGCACACCUUUGAGGGCUGCGACGAGCGCUGGGUGCAGGACAUUUUCGAGCCCGGGUACAUGAGCAUCCCCGGGCCCGAUGGCGGGCGGCCGGUCGGGCUGCACGUCAUGAUCCGCUCCGCGCAGCAGCAUCGCGCCGCUGGCCGCAUGGUCUUCUCGGAACUGCGCUCCGGCACCGUCGGCGCCGUGCAGCACCUCGCCGACGGUGACACCACCGACUCGACCGGCAACCUGGAGACGGUCCCGCCACACCAAGGCGCCGGCGGGAAGUCGUUCUCCGCCGGCCGCGCCGUGCUGGGCAGCCAGGAUGGCACGAAACCGCACAUGUUCGCCUUUUUGGAGGCGCAGGAGGCACAGGCCCCGAUCGAGCUCGACACCACCUGGCUGAGUGUCGGCCACACGGACGAGUUCGUGCAGUUCCUGCCUUCCAAGAGUGCGAAGCUCGGCUGGGUGAUGGUGGUCAGCGACCCGCGUCAGGGCGUAGAGAUUUUGAAGAAGGCGCAGGCGGCGGGACACGGCAAGGAAAAGGCGACGUCCCGAAAGCGUAGUCCAGCGGACCCGGCGCGGUGGAACAUUACGACCACGAUUGAUGACUUGCUGGGCCAGCGCCUCUUUGAGAAGGACCAAAAUACGACGGCCGGGUACAUUGACCGCAACGUGGAGAUCCUGAAGCGCGAGACAGGCUUGACGGACGAGGACAUUAUUCGUUUGCCGGGCAUGUACACGCUGGACGAGGGCUACCUGGGCGUGGUGGACCCCUGGGUCUAUCAGGAGACCAAGGGGGCGGAGGACGCCGGCGCUGUCGAGGAGAAGCCAGACGACGCCGGUACUACUGAGGAGGACGCGGGCAAAGCCGGGGCUUCCGGGGAGAAGGAAGACAAGACCAACGAUGCUGCUCAGAUCACACGUCGCCGCGACGAGGACCGCAAGACCGGCGGGGGCCUCAGCAUCCUGGAUGCCGGCACGCCGCCCGGCGAGCGCAAGGCCAAGGCGGCAGCAAUGGCCGCGACCAACCCGCACGGAGCCGCUGAGGCUCCGCGCCGCCUCCGCCGCCGCCAGGAUGACAGCGGCAGGACCGGUGGCGGUCUCAGCGUCCUGGACGCCGGCACGCCUCCCAGCCAGCGAAAGGCCAAGGCGGCCGCGAUGGCGGCGGCCAAGCCGCACGGCGGGCGCGCAGAGCGUCGCCAGGAGGAGAUCUACAAGGUUGGCGCGCUAUACCCGGCCACCGUCAACAGCGUCGUUGUCGACGACAAGACCAUCAUCGCGCCGAACCCCUGGGGCCCGGUCAUUGACGGGAAGGACGUGAUGGCCGCGGCGACGGAGGAGGCGUACGCCAAGGCGGGCUACACGGUGCGCUACGUGGACGAGUGGUUCACGCAUCACAACAACGGGGGUGAGGUUCACUGCGGAACGAAUGUGAUUCGUCACUUGACCGAUGACAAGUGGUGGUGA